AUGUCAUGGAAAAGAAAACACCCUGAACCUGCAUCUAUUGAGACUGAAGAGGAGAGGUACUUUCUUAAUCCAGAUUCAGUAAGUUCUCAUCUGUAUUGCUCCAUAUGCCAGGAUGUUUUUUCUGAUCCUCAAAGGGCACCUUGUGGACACAGCUUCUGUAAAAAGUGCAUUCUGCCUUGGCUAAAGCACAGUAAAACAUGUCCGGAGGACAGAAAAACUCUACACAUAGGACAACUUCAUCAUGACUUCAUUUUGGAGAAUAUCAUAGGUGAUCAAAUGGUUGCUUGUCCUUUCCGCAGAUCAGGGUGUGAAUUUAUUGGACAGCUUCAGAGAUUGAAUUCACAUAAGAAAAGUUGUGAUUUCAACCCAAAAAACUUACCUGAAUUCAUUAAAAAGAAUACACCUGUUGAAAAUGCAGCUGAGAAGUCCAUUGGCAUUACAAGUGAUUUAGAAGUUAUUCCAUCCCCUGGCAAACCCUCGCUUAUGAUGAGACUAUUUCGUGCUGGAGAUGACCAAAAGAAACUUUUAGGAACUAUGUUUGAAGACAAAGAAAAUAAAAUGUGA